CAAGCCGUGGGGGCCGGUGCCGCGCCGAUCGGCUGUGCAAGAUCUCCUCCACGUACAUGUACAUGUCUACUUCUAUGGCAAGGUGUACAGAUGUUGGCCUACAUGUACAUGUGUACUUCAGCUGGAAAUCGUCUCACGAUGUUUUGGAAAACUUCUGUCAAUACUUAUCGAAUUCUUUCAACCUGCAGUAGACAAUUUUGUAAAGCUAGUUAUGUACAGGGCCAAUCACCGGAGCCCAAAGUGCGGGAAUAUUUUUACUUCAUUGACCAUCAAGGACAGCUAUUUCUGGAUGACACCAAGGUCAAAAACUUCAUCACAUGUUUCAAAGAUAAGAAGUUUUUAGCAUUCUUCUUCAAGCGACUCAAGCUAAAUAACAUGGAGCGGUAUGCUGGUAAUUUCCCCUACCUAUCCCCAUGUGGGGCAGAGAGAAACUUUGUCAGGUGUGAUGACCGACCAAUAGUCUUCACCAAAAUCCUUGCACCGGAGAAUGGCCUGGACACAUCAGAGGAGGCACCUUCUGACCGCCUGGUCUGCAACCACGCUGAUAGUUUCACAGUUAAGUUUGAACCAGCAAAGGUGUGCAUGCUACCCAAGAGUGGGCGGAUAUAUCAUCCCGCCCCCAAGAAGACUGGAGGGGUUGGACUCAUCAAGUCCAGUGUUGCGAUAGAAAUAAGUGCGUUUUUUGAAUUUGGAGAAGCUGGGGAGUAUGCCCCACCCACCCACUUCAAUUGGAACGGCCGACGAUGGGAACUUACCAAUGAGAUUCUGCAUUCUGUUGUGGACAGUGCAGAGAGUGAAGCAACCGGUUUGUGAUUUGAAAGGAUCAGAAUUACCAGUAAAAAAUUGGGUGUGCCAAAUGUCCAGGGGCUUUGCAUUGUUUCAUCAUCCAGCUGACUUAAACUACCUCCAAUAUUUUAUCUCAUCAUCACUUCUGGAAGUGCAGGGCUCUAAGUACUCUUUGAUCUAAGCCCUUUUGAGUUUUACAGAAUUCUUCACUGAUAAUGCUAAGCCACUGACAUACAUAUGUACCAUAGGCAGUGUUGGAGUACUCGUACUCAUGUACAACUUGAGUACACCAGACUUGGCCUGCACUCGAUUAUCAGUACUCGGAUUUUGGGUGUACUACUCAGUACUUGACCAUUGUACAGGAGAAAAGUAUUCAAGUACUUCACUUUUUAUUGAUAGCGUUUUCACAUUUUCAGGCACUAGGUAACAAGCAAAGAUUGCAUUGCUCGACCUUGAACGCUACACAAUGUGACACAGCCAUUUCACUCUGUAGUCUACUAUACGCAUACAGAAUGUUUACCGUGCUGUUUGUACAAGGAACCUUUCUGCUUGUCUAGUUUCUGCCUCCACAGCUUUUACUAUCGGAAAUUGUAGCGCUGAUAUGAGAUGAGCUCACGCUCCAUGAGCAUGGCAUCAUUUCCCGUGGUGCCAACAAAUGGACUGACACUGAUAGAGGCUUUGUUGCAAUUUUAUGUUGCUUUUUCAUCGUUGAAUUUUUUGACAAUUCUGAUAGGAAAUUGUUUUAAUCCUAUCACACUUUAUUUUUUUCUUUUGUUUUUCACAGACACAGUGUUCCAUGCUUUUCAUUAUUCUUCAACCUAAAUAUCUCAAUAGUUUUCUUAGUCCUGGUGUCUACCCAGUUAUCGGCGAUUUAUUUUUUUUUUGGCAAUUGUUUUUUUAUAGAAAAACACAGACUGACAGAGAAUACAUUGAUUUGUCACAAAGUUGAAAGUGUUAGUUACUUGGUAAAAGCAAUUGUUUUAAGCAA